CUUUCUCCACUUCCAUGGUGAAUCUGAUCGAUGGAUGUCUGGAAUUGAUGUGGUCCAAGAAGUGGUUCAAUGCUGGGAGGCCAUGUGGCCAAAUGACGAAAGUGUCAUCCACAUACCUCUUCCACAGGGAAGGACGCAGGGUGGAUGUCUGGAUGGCGUCUGAUUGUUUUAUUUUAUUAAUUUUACCCACGUGACUUUACCGAAAGAACUAAGAGUAUGAAUCCUUGCAGUCACGAAACCUUCAAAUCUAGAACCUAAAUACAUACUGAGAUAGUAACAGGCACGCGCGUAUUGCCCGCGCUCCAUCCAGUUACUGAGGGGUUGCGUAAUCAGGGGAGGCUGAGCUCGUCGCUGCCUCAACUCUCGUCUCUUCCUGUAUUUGCAGCGGAGCUCCGCAAAUUUGGCGAUUUUGACUAUAAAAAUUAUUGGAAUCGUACAGAAAUGACAUUUAUAACACAGAUCAGUGGAAAAAUCUUAAUUUUUAUUUUAUUAUUCUCUUUUUUUUACUUUUCAUAACAACUAUUGUCAUUGGAGUAUGACAGGUGAGGCUCUGCCUCGUCGCUGGUGGGUUGGUAGGUUGGUGAGGAAGUGAGAGGGUUAGUGGGUACGAGAUUGAGUGGGUGGCUGGCUGAGUGGUUGAGAAGAUGGGUGUGCGAUUUCAUGGGUGAGUGAGUCGGUGAGUGAGUGGGUGAGUGGGUUUUUGUAUGGGUGAGUGCUUCAGUGGGUUCAUGAGUGAGUGGAUGGGUUAUUGAGUGAGAGGGUGGGUAUUUGAGUAAGUGGUGUGCGUGAAUAGGUGAAUGGGUGGGUGUUUGAGUGAGUGAGUCAGAGAAUGGGGUGCCACGGGGGUGAGAUGGUAACUUCCUCACCUAGUGUAUACAGGAGGUUGUCGAUUCGAUCCCAACCCUGUCGCAAGUAUAUUUGAUUGUGCUUGUUCUCCUCGUGGUCGUGUGGAUUUUUUUCCAGGUGCACUGAGUUUUCCCUCUGCAUUGAGAAUAAACUUGCAUUCAGAGGAUUUGGCUGCAAUGCAUGUGUAAGUGGCGAUGGUGUUGCAAGCCUGUAAUCCAGCAGUGGAAGGCAGCAAGGAGCGGAGGUGGCGCUGCCCCCAUCCUCCGCGCUUGCCCAGGCCUAAAUGGCUGACGGUUGUUGUGGAGGAAGAGGAGACUUCGGUGGAGGAGCUGUUGGUGCAGGAGGAGGAGACCCUGGUGGAGGAGCUGGUGGUGCAGGAGGAGGAGAUCCUGGUGGAGGAGCUGGUGGUGCAGGAGGAGGAGACCCUGUUGGAGGAGCUGGUGGUGCAGGAGGAGGAGACCCUGGUGGAGGAGCUGGUGGUGCAGAAGGAGGAGACCCUGGUGGAGGAGCUGGUGGUGCAGGAGGAGGAGACCCUGGUGGAGGAGCUGGUGGUGCAGGAGGAGGAGACCUUGGUGGAGGAGCUGGUGGUGCAGGAGGAGGAGACCCUGGUGCAAGAGCUGGUGGUGCAGGAAGAAGAGGAGAUGAGGGGGGAGACAGAGGAGUUAUGGACGAAGGAGCAGGAGGAUGAGAUGGUGGUGCAGGUGGAGGAGACAUUGGUGGAGAAGAUGGUGGAGAAAGAGAUGACAAGGAAAGAGGAUCAGGUGAUGAUGCAGGAGGAGAAGAGGAAGCGAGGGAGUCUGGCCCGCAUAGGGAGAACCAUCCGUUCACUCCUCCGACUCGUGCUGCUGUGUGGUAGCCGGUCCACCACACAGUAGAGGUGGCUCUGGAAUAACCCCCCAACCCCUCACCUGGGGUCGGGCGGGGGAACUCGGCCUCUCAACGGUCCCGGUUCUCUCUCUAACUCAGGGUGGCACCCCCUGUCGACUCGUGCCCGCAACUACAGGUGGUGUGUGCUUUGCAUUUCCGACGCUACAUAUACAGCAAGAAAUACUCUACAUAUGUAAUAACAGCCAUAGAGGGUUCACGUGGGGAUUGGCUUGCCGGUCCUGCUUUGUAGCCAAUAAGGGUUGAGAUAGGGAGCAUGACCCCGGCGUGAUCACGGCAUGUCAUCAGGAGUGAUUGGCCUAGCCAUUCGGGGCCCCAGCUAAUGGGGAGCCGGAUGAGAGGCGUGGUCCCGGGAUUGACAGGGAACCAUCGAGAAUGGUCAAGGCUGUCCAUGGAGGAUUGGCUGGGGGGACCACGUGAUGGAAGGAUUAAGAGAGAGUGAGAGAGAACGAUCGGGAGCAGACUGGGGAACGAACAGAGCCACGCGCGUACGGGGGCUCUGGGUGCCACGUGCGCGGUGGGAACUGGUGUGAAGUCUGCCCGCUCUCUGUUGUCUGCCAGCAACAGAGAGUGUGUGAGUAAAGUGUAUUGUGGAAGUGAAAAUAAAGAGGACCGAUUCCGAA